AAGUGAUGGAUUUCGAGCCUGACGAGCCAGUUUACAGAGUCAAAGUAAUCGUUGUAGGAGACUCCACAGUCGGGAAAACAAGCAUCAUAUCACAAUAUAAUAGCUUCCAAGAGGACGAAAUGCCUCACACAGUUGCUACUUUGAACUGAGAAAGUAUUAAUAAGAAGUUUAAUAUGAACGAUGAGUUAGUUUCAGUCCAUAUUUGGGACACCAUUGGUCAGGAGAAGCAUCAAGGGCUUAGCACAGCUUAUUAUAGGAAUGCUGGAGGAGCUAUGAUUGUUUACUCGAUAGCUGACACUGAGUCAUUCCAGAAAAUUCCAAAAUGGAUAGAACGAGUAAGACAAAAUUGAUUAGAGGACUGCAAGAUUAUGCUAGUGGGUAAUAAAUCAGAUUUGAAAGAAAGUAGGUGCAUUGAGCAUGAUGAAGGGCUAGAAUUUUCUAUCCGUGAAGACAUCCUAUUUUCUGAGAUGAGUGCAAAAACAGGUGAAAAUGUUACAGAAAGUUUUAAUCAGCUGAUUGAAGGUGUCCUAGAGGCUCCUAAGGAGUCUAAAGUUUUCCGUCAAACUGAAAACCUUGCUCUCUCUGCAAACACCAAAAUGAGUGAUUAUAAUGCUACCAUUUUGCAUCCAAGGGAAAAACCCAAAUGUCGAUGCUAAGUUUUCAACAAUAAUUAAU